AAAUAUGGGUGUGCGUUGUGACAUGGGAGACUGUGUUUGUUCAUAAUGCUUCAAUUCAGUCUUUUCACUUCAGUUUUCCUCAUCUCAACCUUUUAAGACACAGAAGAAACCAAUCUUUUCUUCCAGCCAUGGCGAUGCAUCCGGUAUUCGCGGUGACCCAUCAGCCUGGGACGUUCCUGGCUGCAGCAGGCUUGAAGACUGAGAUGUGGACCAGCGGCAUCUGUGACUGCUGUGAAGACAUGCCGACUUGUUGUCUAGGGUUCUGGUGUCCGUGCUGCCUGGCGUGUCAGGUGAGCUCAGGCCUUGGAGAGAGUCACUGUCUCCCCCUGCUGGACUGGAUCAGUGGUGGACCAUACCCACCACUGAUCCCUCCUAUAUCUCUGGCCCUCAGGAGCACCUUGAGGGAGAGGUUCCACAUACAGGGCAGUGUCGCUGACGACUGCUGCAUGGUCACCUGCUGCUCCAGCUGCAGCUGGUGUCAGAUGGCCCGUGAGCUCAAGGCUCGGGCCAACACCACCAUCCAGAUCAAUAUGAACCCCUCCCAGCCCCCGUACGGCCCUCACCUCUCCAGUUAAAAGUGACAUGGACCAAAUAGAUGAUUGGCCCAACUGGUUAUUUUAAAAGACAAAUGUUAAGAGAAUAUUAGUGUAUGUAUGGGUUUAAUACAGGAUGCUUCCUUUUAUCCCCUCUCUCUGAGUCAUCCUGGGUGUUUUUCCAUGUCUGCUUUGAGGAUUUUAAGUUGAUAAAGGUCCAGUUUUACAGACAUAUGUAUAGCCCUCUGUGACCUAGCUUGGAAAAAGUGCUCUACAAUUAAAAUUGUAUUUGACUAGUCAUUGAUUAAUUCUCAUUUGCUAGUUCCCCUGUUGAUUUUUUAUGUAUAAUCCACAUCAGGUGGGUUGUAUUGGUAAUAUUUCAACAAUACCAAGCCCCUUAGUUUGAGGUAUACUGGUAAUGCAUUUACAAUAUAUAUGUAAUAAUAAAAUAUGGAUUGUGACUCUGA